AUGCAUUUAAUCAUGGAUUUUCCUUCAAAUUCCUUUUCAUUAUCUUACAAUAACUUAUUUGAUCCAAGCAAUUCUGAAAACUACUUUACACAAAAUCAAAAUUCCACUAGGAACAAUUUAUCUGAUAGUUUUCUUUCCAGAAAUCAGAGUCCUUUCACUAAUCAAUAUAAAACUUUUAACACAGACCCAGUUGAUUCUUUCAACUUCUCAAGGAUGCUCCCUCCUAGAAUGAACAAUCUAAUGCAUGAUUUCCUUAACAAAUCUUUAAAAAUGAAAGACUGUCUAUCCAUUGAUGAGGAGCUUUCCCUAAUCGAGAACAUAAUUAAUCAACAAAAAGCCUUGGCAAGUGUUUCAGAUAACAUGCCAUUUCUGGAACUGGUAGAUGAAACAACUACUGGUUUCAACGAAAAGAUGAAAUUAUACAAAUAA